AUGGUAGCAAAGACUACAUGCGACUCAUCCACGACAGCGACAUCGAAACAGCGAUCUUCGCUACAACACUUAUCCGCUUCCUCUUUCGGUGCAUCAGGAUCGAAUUCUCCAAAACCAUCUCCCGUAGCCUCCUCUUUGCACACGAGCGCCAAAAAGUCGCUCAAGACUGCGAAAGCAAAGGCGAAAGCCAAAAAGAACGGCACCAACAAGUUUCGUGAUUCGGAGAAACGAGAAUUGCUCGACGGUCAGACGAGUCAGCUUUUUGCGAGUAACAAUGACAACAAAGAGGAUCGUCGAGAUCCAUUCUCGUACGGCGCAUCGUCAAUUGCAGACAAGAGAAGCACAAGAAGGCAGGUGGACGAGGCGACUCUGGCGUUGAAUCUGCUCAUGAAGUCUUGA